AUGCUGCUAGUCUCCGCGUCUCUCGCGGUCGCUACGGUGCCCCUUUGGGAGACGACAGUCGUCCUUGGAACAGCCUUCUGGUUCACCAACCCGGACCCGGCCAAAUACGACUUCGUCAUCAUGUCCAUCUACAUCUUCGAGUUUAUCGUCGGGAUCUGCAUGUUGGUGAUCGUGUCCUGGCUGGCGAUGUUCAGGAUGAAGGAGAUGAAGGAGUGCUGGAAGAUUCACCCCCGAAUCCGCUACUACUUCUGCCUGACUCUGCUUGGCACUGCAGUCAACCUUGGGCUAGGAAUCUGCGGCGCGGCGUUUGUCAAAGGCGAUCGAAAGCAGCCGCUCCUACAGAUUUGGUCCUGGCUCUUCAGGUACAUACAAAUCUCAUUCGACACGCUUGUCCUGUACGGCGUGCUUCGAGAGGGAAGCAUCGAUGAGCGUGCCGAAGAAGACCGUUCGUCUCAAGACGGCCACGGCCACAACGCGUCUGGGCUCGCGGGGAAUCGUAAAUUGUCCUCCAAGUCCGGGCGUAGCGGCCAGUACAUGCAAACCCAACGCAAGAACAAACUCGCCGUUAGUCUUGAUCGGUUCGCCUAGUAAGUGUGGUGUACACUACAUAAUACCCCCAACAUGACUUUUGGACGGAUCGACCGCACGCAUACCUCCGUCUAGCAACCCGCGAAACGCCGUGUGGGGGAAUGUGUCUUCGGCUUGCCCGGGCUGGCUGGCUACUUCAGAGAAGCAGUCAGUGAGCACUGCUGCUGCUGCUGCUGUUUUCGGAGUUUUAUUGUGUCUAGCCGGCAGGAGUUCUAUGUAGAGUCAUCUACAUACGAAAAGUUUUUAAUCCGUGUAUCUGAAUUAUUAGCAAGCGAGCACGCCCGUUUUUUUCACCGUCUUGUCCUGUGUGUUUGACACCUGACGUUUGUGUCUCGCAUCUUCUCAUGCUUCUGUUGGUUGUUUCAAAAGAUACGGCGGUGGUGAUAGCGUUACCAGGUCAUUGCACGUGAGCGGUAGUGACCCAGGCGUGCUGUUCGUGCGCAAAAUGCGUCUCUCCAUGUUGGCUCCAUGCCGGUGAUGUAGUUAGUUGAGUUCCAGGUGAUCAGUAUGGGUAUCCUAGUCAAGAUCCACUGGUUGAGAGUAUCAACUGUUUUUUUCCUACCUUCGUAUAAAGAGUGGUAUGGCCUACUCCGGAGACUUGUUGCUUGCUAGAUUAUGCGGGUCGUGGGGGUUGACCGCGUUGUUGUGAACAAGUUGUCUGUGGCUUCUAACAUCGCUACCCUCUUAAGUUCUAUAUUAAUCGUUUGUUGUCGUAGUUAUUGUUUCUUGAGAGUAGGAGCCAAGGAGGCCUUUGCUUCCAUUGCGACGUGCUUGCCUGAGUUUGGAAGCGCACACCGUGUUGUUAACAUUUUGAUCGAACGUGCUUGCUGCGACAAAGGGAGGGAUUCGCGAGUCACUUGCGCCCAAUGUCCGAGUGCCCUCUUGCGCACAACACUACUACUGUAGCAGCACCAGCUUCUAUAUGCACUUGCUUUCACACCGUCGGCCUGUUCAGUGUCGAAAUAUUCUUGUUUGUGUUGCACCUUUUUCUGCACAUGAAGUAGGAACACCACAGGCGUAUACCGGUACGAGUUUGACAUGUGGCUGAAUUUGUUUAGCAGAUCUAGUAGCCCUCUGUGUAAUUUUUUCGUCUCCAGUCGACGGAGGGUGCCUGAGGUACCACCUCCGCCAGCAACAACAUCUUGUUGCAAAGGAAAAUGUAUUACUAGACUACAUGUAGGGCAUUGAAGGGCCUCGCCGCCCCCAGUGGGCUGCGGGACCCGAAUCGCGAGCCGAAGGUGGAUAGGGGAGUGAAGAGAACGUGGAAGGAAAACAUGGACAUUAUUGAUUGGAGCCAAGUGAAAAGUGUGUAUCACUUCGAAGUAUCAGUCAAUGGAGGUAAAAGUGUAAAGAGGGAAAAAGCGGAUGCCAUUUGGAUGUAAAGAUGCCCAGA